ACCUCUUCAGUGCGCAAUACAGUUCUAAAAAUAAUGGCAACAGCUUGGUGUUGCGUGGGACAGCGAGUUAACCUGCGCAACCGUCGCUCCUUUUUUAAACUCGAUCUAAUUCCCGUGCGAUUAACCCAGUGCAUGACAUUCGAACUAGUGCACGCGGUCAACCGCAAGUCAUUUGAGUUCCAGUCGUUGCCUGGUUUCUCGCGACAACGCGUGUACACUGGUGACGAAGAUGCCUGUCUAUAGACGUCACUGUGAAGCCAGGAAUAUUCUAAGUGUCCUAAGAAUACAUGUCGUAUUUUAGGCUCAUAACUGCCAUGCACUGGCUGGGGCUGAGACACCUUCAGCCCACAAAGCUGCGUGGCCUGCAGCUCCUCAGAAGCAGAUGCUCCUCGUCGAGGCAGUUACCCGUCUUGACCCUCUUCACCAAGGACCCCUGUCCUUUAUGUGAUGAAGCCAAAGAGGUCCUUGAACCGUAUAAACAGAGGUUUGUGUUGCAGGAGGUAGACAUCACAAGGCCGGAAAACAGCAUGUGGUACGACAGGUACAAGUAUGACAUUCCUGUGUUCCACCUGAACGGGCAGUUUCUGAUGAUGCACCGAGUUAACAUCGCAGUCCUGGAGAAGAGGUUGGCAAGAAUCGAAAACAAGAACAUUUGAGUAGGUAAUCACACAUCGUUUGGAUUAUAUUGUUAUACUGUGAAAAAAUGUACGCAAACUAUGUACACUGCCAUACACAUCUGUCCAAAUAAAAGUGAGAGUGGGACCAGC